AUGGCAGGUGCGACUGCGACUCUGGUGGGGCACCCGCUGGAUACCGUAAAGACUUUCAUGCAGACCGAGCAGCUCUCCGGGCGCGACAAGGCCUCCACGGUGCAGACCGCGGCCAGCAUCGCGCGGGUGGGCCCUGUGACCUUCUACCGCGGUGCCGUGCCAGUGCUGGCCGGUGCGCUGCUCUUCCGGUCGCUGCCCUUCACGGUCUACUCAGGCACCUACAGCGCUUUGCCACACUCCAUGGGCGAAAGUGAUCGUGUCUUGCUGUCCGGCAUCGCAGCCGCGCUGGGCCGCACUAUCGUGGAGAGCCCUUGCGAAGCGCUCAAGACGCAGAAGCAGGUUUGGGACAGAGGCUACUUGGAAACUAUCCGAGCAGGCCACAUGUGGCAAGGCCGGCCCAAUCCAGAGGUCACGAAGUAA